UACGUCUAUGAUACUCGGCGUUUCACUGAAGUUAGUAAGAAAUUAACAUCUAACCAUUUGUUAGUUGUUCCAGAAUAAUUCAAAGAACGAAAAAUUCUGAAAUUCAAAUACGUUUUUACAAGAGUAUCAUUUUUAUUGACAUAUAAAUCAUGCCUCUUCAUCGUUACACUCAUGCGGUACUAUGCAGAAUUCCUCUUUCGCUUCGUACAAGAGGUGAGGUCACAUUAGAUGAAGCUAGAACGCAACAUUUAGCACUAGCUCAACUUUUACGAGAACUCGACAUUGAUGUUGUUGAAAUGCCACCGGAUGAAAAUUCACCGCUUUGCGUUUUCGUGGAAGAUAUCGCAGUGGUUUGUAAUGGUAUUGCGCUUAUAGCGCGACCGAACGAACCAUCGCGCCUAAAAGAGAUUGAGACAAUUAGAGCAAUUUUAAAGAAAGAGUUGGAGAUUCCACUUAUAGAAAUAGCAGAUAAAAAUGCUCGCCUAGAUGGAGGAGAUGUAUUAUUUACUGGGCGUGAGUUUUUUGUUGGACUGUCUCACUACACGAAUGAAGCAGGUGCAAGAGCAGUUGCAGCAGCUUUCCCAGAAUAUCCAUGUGUACCUAUUAAGGUUGCUGAGUCUAAACGUCUUAAAGGCUUAGUUACAAUGGCUGGCCCAGAUAUCAUAUGCGUGGGUGCUGGAAAAGAAGCACAGGAAGUACUGAAGAGAAUUGAGAGGGAGGCAACUUACAGUUAUCAAACAUUAACUGUGCCUGAAGAUGCUGCUGCCAAUGUAUUAUAUGUUAAUGGAACAUUGAUUCAUCGAUCAGAGGAUGAAAUCCCGCAAUCAAGUAAAGUCUUUGCAGAGAAAAUUGAAUUUCCAACCAGAUCUUUACCUAUGUCUGAAUUAGCAAAGGUUAGUUCAGGUUUAACUUCUUGUUGUUUAUUGGUACGUAGACCAAGACAUAUUCGCAGUAUUUAAACCAAAAAGGAUGAUAUACUUUAGCGAACAUGUUGAGCCGUGAGCGGUAUAUACGCGAAUCAAAAAAUUCAGAGUUUGAAUAUUUCUAACAAGAAAUAUUACCAUAAUGCUGUGCGAAACCUGUAAUACAGACGUAGCAUUUACGUCGCUCUAAAACUUUAAUGACUACUUCAAUGAAUAGAAAAGAUUAUUUUAUAAUUAUUUUAUUAAAGAUUAUUUUAAUAUAAAAGAGAUUUUAUAAUUGAAAAGAUUAAUA